CCCAGCUGGCAACGCCAAAUCUUUGUUGUUGCGGUUGUAAUUUCUUUAUAACUUAAUCUUUUUUUUUAUAAUUUUAAGUGAAACACACAAAAAGGCAAUGGCAUUUUUAGGCCAAACAAUGCGGCAUUUAUGCCGCCAAGUUCAAGUCAGUCAGCGCCCGCUCUACCUUGCAGGAGCCAUGCGUUCUCUGAGCCUUACGCCGGCUUGUGCCCAGCAGCAAAAUAAACCCAAACCGAUUGUGUCUUCAACCACAUCAGCUUUAGACGUUGCCAAGAAUGAGCAAAAGGAAUGCCAAAGUAUUUGCGAGAGAAUCAACCAGCAGGUGGCCCAAUCCGAGCAGGGACGUCUCUUUGCCGUUGUCCAUUUGUGUGGCAAACAAUUCAAGAUCACACCGGGCGACAUUAUCCUGGUCGAGGGCUAUUGGCCACCCACCAUCGGGGAUGAGAUUAGGCUGGACAAAGUGCUCUUAGCCGGCGCCAGGGAUUUCACAUUGAUUGGUCGCCCCAUUCUGGAGGCCGGCCUGGUCACAGUCAAGGCCACCGUCAUCGAGAAGACCCUGACCCACACGAAAACGCAUUUCAAGAAGAAGCGCAGGAAACAAUAUAUGCGCAUCAAUUUCCAACGUUCACCCAAUACCAUGAUCCGCAUCAAUUCCAUUGAACUGGCCCAACCAGUGGUGGAUGACGGCACAGAGCAGGAGGAAUCCUCCAAACGUUUGUUUUAAUUUCCCAUUUUUUUUUUUUUGUCUCUUUAAAAUAUACUAAUUAGAAUAAAUAUAAGAUCCCAUAUUCUA